UUGGCUAGCUGCCCAAGGCCAGAAGGGAAGAGCGAGAUCCCAGGACAAAUGUGCAGCCGGCCCCUGAGCAUGUGCAGAAAUGUUGACAUCAGUUCCACAUAGAAAGACUUGGUGGAAAUCAAAGAAGACAGUACAAGUCACAAGAUCUUUUCCAACCUUCCCUUCCCUGAAUGCCUGGGAAGAAUUCAGGGGCCUCUUGCCUGUGGAUGGGGAACCGAACCCUGGAGUAGGCCUGGGUGUGGAGGAGGGACUGCUCUGCCAGAUGGUUCAUUCUCCAGAGUUCAACCUGUUUCCUGACUCAGUGGUGUUCGAGAGCAACUUUGUCCAGGUCAAAAGGGGCAGAAACUGGAUAGACAUCAACAAAGCCCCCAACACCGUGGCCCUCGGGGUGACCUCCUCUGUGCCCUGCCUGCCCCUUCCCAAUGUCCUCCUCAUGGCCAGAGUCAAAUGGCAUCCGGGGCAGAGCCAGACAUGGAACAGACCAUCUAAAGCCCCAAAGAUAAUCCUGAGGAGGAUCCUCCCAUUGAAGUUUGUGGAGCUCCAGGUCUGUGACCGCCUUCAACGCAUCCUGCGGUUGAGGACAGUCACUGAGAAGAUUUACUACCUAAAACUCCACCCUGACCAUCCAAAGACUGUCUUCCACUUCUGGAUCCGACUGGUUCAAAUUCUGCAGACAGGCCUGUCCAUCACCACCAAAGACCCUAGGAUUCUUGUCACUCACUGCCUGGUACCCAAGAAUUGCUACAGCCCAUCUGGAAACUCUAAGUUAGUACAGAAGAAACCCCAAGCCUCCCACCCCAGUGAGAGCCUCCUACAGCUGAUGGCCAAGGGGGAGAGUGAGGCCCUCUCUCAGAUCUUUGCCGACUUGCACCAACAGAACCAGUUCAGUUCCAGGAGCUGCAAAAAGAUGAAGAUCCACAAGGUCUGCUCAGGGAAAGAUUCUGCCCGGGAAGACAGCAUCCCUUGUACCCGUGACCUCAGUUGGAGGGAAUCGUUCACUUGUGGGGAGUGGGAAAGAGAGAACCCCUCUGGUCCGCAGCCCCUCUCGCUCCUCAGCACUCUGGCGGCUUCCACCUGGCCACAGCUGGCCCCAUCCAUAGGAAAUUCUGUUUGACUCACAUUGGGGCAAGUCUAUGAAACCCUGGCCAACAUUGCUGGCAGCAUUCAGCUCCAGGGGACUCUAUCUGGACAGAGGGGAAGAGAAAACAGCAACCAAGAGAAAACUAGAGUCAUCAUCACAUGGUGACAGCAGAGCCUUUCCUCAUUCCAGCUGUGCUUACCUCUGCAUCCUCACUACCACACGCAAGCACAGCCCAACCCCAUCCCACAGGCUGUGAGUGGGCUGGAGCCAAGGAGAAGCAACGUGAGGAGCAGAAGCAGAGGGGAGGCUGAAGAGAGUCAGUGGAGAUGAAGAGAAAGGUGGCAGGAGGGAGUUAAAGAGAAGAGAUACAAAGAGAAGAGGUAACAAAAGGAAGCAGAAGAGACUUGGGAGAAGAGAUGAAGAGGACAAGAGAAGAAAUACAUCAUUGAGAGAUACCUCACCAAGCUUCUAUUUAUCUAAUUUAAAACUUGAAAGUAAAGCCAUAAACCAAAAAAAAAAAAAAAAAAAAAAAGUGUGUUUCCUUCUCUGCUCAGACCACUCUGGACAGGGUGAGAGGACUCUCUUUCAAUUUCCCCUUUCACAAGUUUUGCUUGAUGGUCCUCCUCUUCUGACUCAAACUGGAUGCCUGCUUCCUUAGCCUGUUCUCUAACCCGCCCUUGCUAGCACAGCCCUGGUGUGUCAGACUUGGGUUUGAGGUUGAGGAAUGUUUCCUGCAGGAGGUUGGAAGAUGUGUUUAAAGCAGAGGGAAUUGCUCUUUUGUUUUCAAACUUCCUGGGUUUGCUAUUGUGUCAGUCCUACAAACACUGGCUAAUUUCUGUUGUGUAUGAUGUUCCUUUGAAAUGCUGACAUACUGUGCUAGUGCUUCUUAAAUUAAUGAUUUCAGAGAGAGAGAGACAAUGCAGGCUCACAGAACAGGUUCAUAAGUUACAGAGCAGGAGGGCUUCUAAGAAGUGUGUGUCCAAUGGUCCAGAUUGGACUAUUUUUUUAAUCUGUGCAAUAUUUUGCAUUCAAUAAAAUCCAGACUAUGAGUAUUUCAGAACAG